UCGAUAUUGGUCCAUCGCCGCGUGGUAAAUGAUCGCCAAGAUUUCCGUGAUAAGAUUUAAAGGCUCAAUAUGAAGGUUGCGGCCAUUCCGGUCACUGGAAGGUGCGAAGAGAGUUUUACGAGCUUCACUGCGCAAAAAGCGAUUGAAAGUAUCUUAACCUUUAACAGCUAGCACACUCAUUUGCUGAGGCUUAAUUAAAUGUUAUCGGUCAUCGGUGAUGUAAAUAACGUAAGAAGACGGUAGAAUCGCAUUAAAUUUUUUAGAUGGUCAGCGUAACGGCAGAAGUCAACCCCGACAGCCACAUCUACAGGGACUAGAUUCAUUUUCGACAUCAGCAAUUGUCUUCCAAACGUUUGAUUGAAUGGAAGGAUCCACAAUAGACAAGUCCUUUGCGUUUCGUUCAUGUUACCAGCACGUGACCAUUCCUCUUCGUUUGGUGUGAAUGUAUCUUCAAAGUACUUUGAUUAUCAACAAGAAUUGAUACAUGUGUCCAUGGCGUUGCAGGUGACUAUUCUUGUCCUUGACCUAGGCGUGUCGUUCCCAGUCAAAUAUCCAUUGCUGCUGCGCUUUCCUUAAUUCAGCGAAGCGUCCCCCGUAGCUUCACAUGAAUGAAGACGAGAAUGAAACUUUACGAUUCAGAUGGUGUGUUUUUAAGUCUGGAACGGAAUGGACGGAGAUUUCGCGCCACGAUGUAGCUCACAUUUUUUGUUGCGAAGCUUGAGAGCUAUUAAAUUCGUCCACAAAACUAUGGCAACGAUUUUGUUUUUCUUGAUCUUGGUAUGAUGUUUCUGUACAUCCUUUAAGAGUGACAUCCGAAGAACUUUGAUUUGCUAUAAAAAUGCAGUACUUAAUCGAACGUCAUAGUGUAACUGUUCGUGUAAUGGUUAUUUUACUCAUUCAAAUAUAACACGGCCAACUUUGAGCAUGCCAUUGCAAUCGUAAGCAAUGUUCAUUGCCUCUAAGCCUUUAAUCCACUCCACGAACCGUUUUUCGACAGCAUCGUGGGACAGUAUACGAAUUUGGUGGUGCUUUCAUCGUUUUAAAUUCGGAAGCAGGUUGAGAGUUCCGACCGAUUUACGAGUUACGUUUGACGUCGUUGCAUGAACCGCUUUAAAAUGUUAUUAAAGCUCAAUGAUUCAAAACAAUGGAAGCUUGGUAAAGGAGCAACAUUCUGCAAAUUCGUCUUAGCUUUUGGCAUAAAUGAACAAGAGCGAGAAAGUAUUCGAGAACUUGUUGACUUUGAAAGUGAAAGCAAGGACUUCAAAGACCAACGCAGCAUUAUUGACUAGUUAUAUAUUCUCCGGAUAUAUUUAACCGACAUACAUACAUGUGUUGCAGUCAAAACCUGAU